CGACAGGAUUCAUAACGAGGCUUGAGACGCAAAGCGGGGACAGCGUGUGGUGCACGCGUGUUGUUGCUGGAUCUCCCGCUGUUGUUGCUGCUAUGCUGGAGGAGUGAGACCGAAUACCAUGGAUACACAGGAGGAAAUCGCUUUACCUGAAGGAACUGUUGGUGAAUUGCAAAACAACAAUAACCUUCUUGAAGGAGAAGAUGAAAAGACCUCUGUAACUGAGUCAAAUAUUCCCGAUAAAACACCACUGCCUGUGUGUAAUGACAGUAUUAUACAUACUAUCUCAGAAAAGACCCACGUUGUAUCCAUAGGAGGCUCUUCAGAUGAUAAUGUUGGAGUUCCAAUUGUGCCCCAGGUAACUGAAGUCUCUGAAGAGGAUAGACAGACUGGUAAGAUUCAGUCUUUGCCUUGUAACCUGCAACCAGAGCAAGAGAUGGAGGUAGCUGAACAACUGGAAGGCUUACACUUCAAAAACCAUACAACGGGUGAACACCAUGAAGGUACCUUAAAUGAUUGCCCUCCGGCUUGUGUUAAAAUAGUGGCUUAUGAAGAUGAAGACAGUUCUUCAGAGGAUUCCUCAUCAGACAGUGACUCUGAUUCAGAUUCAUCAUCCUCAUCUUCUACAUCAUCAUCAUCGUCAUCUUCUCUGUCUUCAAUGCUCCAACUUGAGGAAGAACCAAUAGAAAACAUUGACGUUCCUUUAAAGACUAAAGAUGAGCUACUUGUGGAUGAGUUACCCGCAGUGGAAGAAUUAUCCAUUAGCCUGCCAGACCAUGUUGAAUUAAAGCCAUUUGGAACAGUAUCCAGCAUUAUUGAGCAAUUAGUAAUAAUUGAGUCUUUGCGUGACGUUUUACCCUUAAAUGAAGACAGUGUCGUUUUUAAAGAGGAUCGGAGUGUCGCUGGCAAGAUAUUUGAGAUAUUUGGACCUGUACCACACCCAUUUUAUGUGGUCCGCUUUAAUUCUAAAGACCAUAUUGAAUCCAAAGGAAUCAAGAUAAAAGAUGCCAUGUUUUUUGCUCCAUCUGUUGAGGACUUUACACAGUAUAUAAUCCCGGAUGCGUUGAAAAGAGAAAAAGGUUCUGAUGCUUCUUGGACAAAUGAUCAAGAGCCACCAGCAGAUGCAAUAGAGUACAGUGAUGAUGAGAAGGAGCGAGAAGCAAAACAGAAGAAAAAAGCACAGAACCCAGGAAAAAAGAAGCAAAAAUUUGAUCAGCAAAAUCAGCCAACAACAAGUGCCCAGCUAUCACAACCAGUCUCUGGUGCUCAGAUGUCUUCAAGACCUUAUGCAAGAAAUGGUUCUGCUCCUAGUUUCUCUCGAGGGAGAGGUUCACAUCCUCAAGAAAAUACAUAUGGACAACACCACCAACCAUAUUAUUCUUCAGGCUAUCCAGGAAAUCAUAUAAUGCAGCAGUCAUAUACUUACCAUGAUAAUUCUCAAGAAUAUUCUAUGCCCCCAUCAAAUAAUGGUUACCACACCCAUAUGCAGAGUUUCUUUGGACAUUAUGGUAAUAUGCAAGCGUUUCCUCCUCCACCUCCAGAUUUUAAUUGGCCUGCACAAAAUUUGCAUUAUCCUUAUAUGCCAAACUCUCAUCUGUACAAUCUACCGCCACCACCACCUCCGCCUCCUCCACCACCACCACCACCACCUGCUCCUCCAAAUUCUGGAGAGCCUAGCUAUUGAUGGAUUUUGAUGACCUUUUCAGAUUUAAAAUGUUGUUUUUUAAUAGUGUUUUUCAAUUUACUUUCAACUUGUUAAUAGUAAUUUCUGAAACAUAUAAUGCAUUGUAAAGGAAAUGUUUAUAAUUGUAUUCAGCUUGUUUAGUGAAGUAUAUUAGUUAAUUAACUAUAUUUCUAUAGUAACAAGUCUACAGAUUUUAAGGCUUCUUGCAUUAAGGUUGUUUUCAGACAUGGCAGUUUUUUUUUUUUUUUUUUGGUUGUUUUUUUUUUUUGGGUUGUUUUUUCUUUUUUUUUUUUUCUUGCCAAAGUCAGAAGUGGAUCCAGCAGCAAGCAGAAGUAGAAGUCCUUCCUUUAUAUUUCCCAUUCUUCCAGAAUCCACUGGCUUUGGCUCAAAAACUGCGGUGGCAGUUUCCAACAAACAAAACUUGCAUGUGUGACACACAGCCUUAAAAAGAUGUCAUACUAUUUUCUAGAAAUUUUUGUAUAAAAUCGAUAUUUUUAACAAAUGUUGAAUCAUUGACUUUAGCUUUCCAAAAAGGAUGACUAAAUCUUUUAUUUUUGAGUUUAUUUUAUUUUGAAUAUUAUCAGAAAUAUUUAAAAUGUUACUGUAAACUUAAAAUUGUAUAAUCUAUAACAAAGCAAUGCGCACAACACUAUUAAGGUUGUAAAUAAAUUUG